AUGGCCCGCGACAAGUUCGCAAAGCAGUCGCUCGGCGCCUCGCUCCAUGCCCACAUCAAAGAGUCGCGCGUCCUCAUGGUCGGUGCUGGCGGCAUUGGAUGUGAGCUGCUCAAGAACCUCGUCCUCACCGGGUUCGGCAACAUCCACAUCAUAGAUCUCGACACCAUCGACCUCUCCAACCUCAACCGCCAGUUUCUGUUCAGGCACGAGCACAUCAAGAAAUCAAAGGCCCUGGUCGCGAAGGAGUCGGCCGGACGGUUCAACCCCAACGUCAAUAUCGAGGCGCACCACGCCAACGUCAAGGACCCGCAGUUCAAUGUGGAUUGGUUCAAGGGCUUCAGCCUCGUCUUCAACGCGCUCGACAACCUGGACGCCCGCCGUCAUGUCAACAAAAUGUGCCUCGCCGCCGACGUGCCUCUGAUCGAGAGUGGCACCACCGGCUUCAACGGCCAGGUUCAGGUCAUCAAGAAGGGCACAACCGAAUGCUACGACUGCAACGUCAAGGAGACGCCCAAGAGCUUCCCCGUCUGCACCAUCCGUAGCACGCCCAGCCAGCCCAUCCAUUGCAUUGUCUGGGCCAAGAGCUACCUGUUCACCGAGAUUUUCGGCAUCAGCGAAGAGGAGGCCCCGGACUUGGACCAUACAGAGGACUCGGAGAACAGAGAGGAGAUAGAAAAUCUGCGUCGGGAAGCGCAAGCCUUGAAGUCGAUUCGCAAUUCGAUGGGCUCCGAAGACUUUCCUCGGAAGGUGUUCGACAAAGUUUUCAAAGAGGACAUCGAGCGCCUGCUGUCCAUGAAGGAGAUGUGGGCACACAGGCGGGCUCCUACCGCUCUCGACUGGGACCGGGUCUCGGAGCACGCGCGAGGCGACGGCUCGGAUAUCUCCCAGAGCGAUCAGGCUGUUUGGACGGUUUCGGAGAACUUCUGUGUGCUCAAGCAUAGUAUACAGCAGCUGAGCAACCGCUUGCAAAAGCUGAAGGCCAACACCGACGCUGGCGACGCCCCUCCUGUCCUAAGCUUCGACAAGGAUGAUGUCGACACGCUUGACUUCGUGGCUGCUGCUGCAAAUCUUCGCUCCCACAUCUUCGGCAUCGAGCGCAAAUCCAAGUUCGACAUUAAGCAAAUGGCUGGCAACAUCAUCCCUGCCAUCGCGACUACUAAUGCUAUGACGGCGGGUCUCUGUGUCCUGCAGGCUUUCAAGGUCAUGCGCAAUGACUACGACAAAGCCAAGAUGGUGUUCCUCACCCGCUCGACCGACCGCGUGCUUACUGCGGAGAAUCUCCACCCGCCCAAGCCCGAGUGCCCCGUGUGCAGCGUCGCACAGACUAAGCUCAUUGUCGACACGUCGCGGGCCACCCUGAAGGAUCUUGUGGAGGACUUCUUGCGUUUGGAACUUGGCUACGGCGAAGAGUUCAGCAUCAACAGCGAUGCUGGCGUCAUCUACGACCCUGAGUUGGAAGACAACUUGCCCAAGAAGUUUGGUGAGAUUGGCCUGAAAGCUGACAGCUUUGUUACCGUCAUCGACGAGGAGGACGAGAAUCCCCGUGUGAAUCUUGUCCUUUCCAUCACCGAGCAGACCCUUCCGGAGGAUGCAAAGCCAAUCCGUCUUCCCGAAAAGCUGGAGAUCCCACACAAGCCCAAGGUCGCCCAUGAGCACCCGGCGGAGCUCAACGGAAAUGGUGCUGUUGCUACCAACGGCGUCGAUAGCCAACGCAAACGCACUGCCGAUACUGCAGGCCUCGAAGAUGAUGAGCAGUUGCACAAACGCGGCCGGGUUGCAGAGCUGACAGCUGCUGUUGAGAAGCCCGGUUGCUCUGGCGAGGUCAUCGUGAUAGACGACAACGCACCGAUCACGAUAGACGACUGA